UCAUGACUGAGCCUAAGGGACCGUACCAUCUUGUUACCGUCAACACCGCUCCCGAGCGAGCCAAGCGACUGAUCGGGCGUGUUGCAGACGCCCUUAAGGACCGCUACACGAUCAUCCAUGUCGACAAUUGCGAGAAUAUUGAAGAAGUUCGUCCCAAGGUGACGCAACAUAUGCCCGAGGUUCUCUUCAGCGCUUCCAUGUGGUCGGACGAGCAGGCCCAAGAGAUUCAUCAGAUUGCCCGCGAGGUCAAUCCGAAUAUCAAGCUACACGCCCUGCCGCCGGGUUUACAGGUCGAGCGUGGUCCAGAUGCGGUGGUGGAGUACCUAUGUGAAAAGGUGCCUAUUCUCCUGAAGAAUUGAACAAUGUUGCC